GCUCAUCAAAUCAGGUUGACAGUCCAGUAUCACAUGGAACAUCAUGUACCUGUGAUUGUAAUAACAAUACCCAGUUGCCCACUCCCAGACCCUACGGGGAGUACGCCUUCAUACUACUACAAGUAUUUUGUGAACAAAUACUUGUUUCAGGAACUUAGGACUUUGGUCGAUCAUCUUUAAAAGGACUGUCUACCUGCCCGCACGAUCUGGUGCAUUUAUUUAAGCGUGAAUUUCCCCCAGAGUAAUUUUUAAUCUGCGCCUGCUUUGAGCAGCGGUGAUGAAUAAGGAGGCGGUAUCGAGUGGGGCAGACCGGGCAGGUGGUACUGCACCGGGAGGAGCGCAGCAGCAGCAGCCGCCGCCGCCGCCGCCGCAGCUGACGUUGCCGACGCCGCUAGACCGCACAGCUGCUUGUUGUCAUGGAGGAGCAAAGAUGGCGGUCCUGGCCUAUAGCCUGGGCAAACGCGAAAUAAAUCAACAUUUUACCGUUAAAAAUGCCAAAUUAAUAUCGCUAGUAGUUGUUAUUUUGCUCCUCGUGUUUCACACUGCUUCGCGGUAUUAUGGAGGCGGAGACUCAUGUGAAUGGCUGCUGUCGAGAGGACGUUACUUGGGGGAGAACGUUUGGCAGCCUUAUGGCUGUAUGAUGCACAAAUACAAAAGCAUUGAAGCCAAAACCUGCCUUGCUGAAAAGCGGGUGGCCUUUGUUGGUGAUUCACGAAUCAGGCAGCUAUUUUACUCCUUCAUCAAAAUUAUUGACCCAGAGCGAAGAGAAGAUGGAAACAAGCACGAGGACAUUGCCUUUGAAGAAAAGAGUUCCUCUGUGAAUGUGAAGUUCCUGUGGUAUCCAGAGGCAAAUAAUUCAAUGAAGGAGCGCCUGAUAUCAUGGACACACGAAGCAGCUUCAGCAAAGCCCGAUGUUGUCAUUCUUGGAGCUGCCACAUGGUCCAUCAAGCUGCACGGCGGCAGCAGCGAGGCUCUGCAGCAGUACAAAAUCAACCUGACAGGCAUUGCUGUGCAUCUAGAGAAGCUGGCUGACAACGGGGAAGUCUACUGGGUGCUGCAAGACCCAGUAAAUGAGGAAGCCUUGAGUGAGAGCAGGAAGAUGAUCACCAACCAACAGUUGGAGCUGUAUAAUGAAGCAGCGGCAGGCGUGCUCAACAACAGCAAGCGUAACCGGGUCAAGCUGAUGGCUGCAUCCCGUCAGGCGGCGUUCGAAACUAUCGGCCAGUCAGACGAUGGCCUGCACCUGCCUGAGAGCACCAGGAAUGUGGGGGCCAUGGUCCUCAUGAACUCUGUGUGCAACAAGAUACUUAGACCCAUAGACGGCUCCUGUUGCCAAACAUUACCACCCCCUAACCUCCUCCAGAAGCUGUCAGCGGUUUUCUUCCUGGGCUCGGCCCUGACUCUCCUGGUCCUCCAUGUUCUUGGCUAUAACCACCACCGCCGACCCGUGCCCCCUGACGUGGAGAGCCUAGAGGAGAAGAAGCCAACGACUGCAGCUGUUCCCUUGGGCCCAAAGGCGCCCUUCCAGGCUCUCUGCCGGAUGGGCAUCAUCAUGGGCUAUUUUUAUCUUUGUGACAGAGCAGAUGUGUUCAUGAAAGAGCAGAAGUUCUACACUCACUCCACAUUCUUCAUACCUCUCAUCUAUAUAUUCGUCUUGGGAGUGUUUUACAGUGAGAACACCAAGGAGACCAAAUUACUCAACCGAGAGCAAACAGACGAAUGGAAAGGCUGGAUGCAGCUUGUCAUCCUUAUCUAUCACAUAUCUGGUGCCAGCGCUUUUGUUCCAGUGUACAUGCAUGUGCGAGUGCUGGUGGCAGCAUACCUUUUUCAGACGGGCUAUGGACACUUUUCCUUUUUCUGGCUCAAGGGAGACUUUGGACUGUAUAGAGUGUGCCAGGUGCUUUUCCGUCUAAACUUCCUGGUCUUGGUGCUGUGUGUGGUAAUGGACAGACCCUACCAGUUCUAUUACUUUGUUCCACUUGUCACCUUCUGGUUUGUCGUCAUCUAUGCCACGCUGGCCAUGUGGCCUCAGAUCCUUCAGAAGAAGGCCAACAGUAGUGGCAUAUGGCAUCUUGGGAUCUUGGCAAAGUUACUGGGCCUCUUGCUGUUCAUAUGCGUAUUUGCCUUUUCACAGGGUUUCUUUGAAAGUAUUUUCUCCAUGUGGCCCAUCUCCAAGCUCUUUGAGCUGAACGGAAACAUCCACGAGUGGUGGUUCAGAUGGAAGCUGGACCGAUUUGCAGUCAUACACGGCAUGUUAUUUGCCUUCAUCUAUCUGGUGCUUCAGAAGCGCCAGGUGCUGUCAGAGGGCAAAGGAGAGGCUCUCUUCUCUGCCAAGAUUUCCAACCUGCUCCUCUUCCUCUCUGUCGUCUCUUUCAUAACUUACUCAAUAUGGGCCAGCAGCUGCAAAACCAAAACAGAAUGCAAUGAGAUGCAUCCUUACAUCUCUGUGGUCCAGAUUUUGGCCUUCAUUCUCAUCAGGAACAUUCCUGGCUACGCCCGUUCUAUAUAUAGCUCAUUCUUUGCCUGGUUUGGAAAGAUCUCUUUGGAGCUGUUCAUAUGCCAGUACCACAUCUGGCUGGCUGCAGACACCAAGGGAAUUUUAGUCCUGAUUCCAGGAAACCCUUCGCUCAACAUCAUGGUCAGCACCUUCAUCUUUGUUUGCGUGGCACAUGAGAUUUCCCUCAUCACCAACGACCUGGCCCAGGUGGUCAUCCCCAAAGACAGCGUGGCCCUGCUGAAGAGACUGGGGUGCCGUGGGACUCUUCAGUCUGGUUGUACUGCUGCUAACCAGGAGCAGCCAGACCACACCCGGCGCCUGAUGGGAUACCUCUUGAUGUGGAAGGGGCAUGACAGACUCCCUAAGCCCCUGUUGGAGACUGAAGUGAGGUACAGAUCUGAGCCAGGAGCAGGCUCAGAGGUUUGAGGCUGCUGGUGGCCACAGGAGACAACCUCAGUAGUGACAACACAAGGAACCCUAUUGAAGAUCAUUGGAGUCUCACCACUAGCCAUGUUUGAGCGGAGUCUGUACUUUUUGACUGCUGUGAAAGUCGCACACUGAAGAAAAGAAGAACACCCACAUAAGGGGGUAUUGCUCCUUUUUCAGAGCAAAGUUCAAAUUGCAAGAGAGGAAAAAAAAGAACAGUAAUGUUUACAUUACCUGGAUUCAACAGAGGAGCAGAGGAGAAAUUUGAAAAGGUGGAGGCCAUUUCAUUUCAAGACCUCAAGUUUGCUGUGUGCAUUUUUUGCAGCAUUGCUUCUAUUUAGCCAAACACGAAUAAGAAGUGUAUUUCGUCACGUACAGUACUUCCUGUCAUAACUUCAACCUGGAAAGGAUCACUAGACACACACUCCGUCCACAUGGCUGUAGCAGCUGAAGGUAUUCUCACUCAGGUGGAUCCAUAACCCCACAUAUUCAGAUAUCUACUCUUUUAACGGUGAAAUGUUGAAUUGUGCUGCAUUUUAUUAUCAGCAUUACUUUGUACAGUAUUUCUGGUGACUUCAAAAUAGUGUUAGAUAUCUAAAUAUGCAAAAUAUGGACCAACAACUGGUUUGGGUGAUCAAAAAAACUGACAAGACUCAAUCUAAAAAUUGGAGUGCAAUUGUUAAAGUGUUGGAUUACCCCUCGACAUAUUUUUGCUAAUGUUUCUGUGAGUAAUUUUAAAAAUGUUUGUGCUGAAAGGUACCGUGGUCACCUGCUGUAGCUCUGAAAUUCUAUGUGGUAUGUACAGUAUUUAAUGAUUUAAAUUAAGCUUAUAUUUUAUACAAUUUUUUUUGGCUUUGUUUUAUUUGGUACUUUGCGCCCACGACUGCUGUUUGUGAUGGAAGUUUUACAUAGAUUAUUUUGUACCCAUCCCAGCAUCUCAUUGAUGAUUACCUGCCUCAGAGACACAAUGAGGAGGUUGAGCCUUUACAGUCUACCGCCUGUCUGUCUGAUUAGCAACUCACUUCAUAGUCUGUGUAUAUUUGUAUGAUAGAGUGAGAGAUUUAUUUUAUACAACAGUGCUUCAGCAGUGUUUUUAGACCGUUAUCCUUUCAUUGUCAUUAAAAACAUGCCUCGUAGCUCUGUGGGGAAAAUGCUGGGUUGCACAUAUUAUUGUUCAAUAGGGCUAGCAGCUGAAUAUACACCCUCCCUCUGCUGUCACAGCCAGUGAACCUUUUGGUCAGUGAGUGGGUGAAUAAGUGAUUUCUUAGACUGGAUGCCUUUGAAUAUACAGCGUAUAAAUAUAUAUAUGUACACACAUACAGUACAUCUCCAGAUGUACUUUGUCACAUCUGUGAUGUAGCCUGGGAUCACAAACGUCCCUUCGUCAUGCACUUUGCAUCAGGGCCACAUCAACAUUUAAAGACAACUACUUGGUGGUGCACUGACUGGGCUGGGAAGACACGUUACUGUUGCUUAAAGGAACAUGUGGGCAAUGUCUCGUUGUCUAUUUAUCCUCACAGACAUUUAAGAGAGAUUAGGACUUUUAUUUUAAGGCCUGCUUUUUUCCUUUCGUCUCUUAAGUGAUACAUGGUACUAGUGCAGAUACUUCCUGCACUUUAGCACAUUUUUAUUGGGUGAAUCAAAUGUUUCGUGAAGAUCAGUAGUCAGAUAAGAAAUGAUAAUAUUGUAUGAUCCAAGCCGUAUUGCAUAUGAACUUUGAGUUGCAUAUUUCAUCUACCAAGGGGUAGUAAAAGAUUGCAGGUGCCAGUUGUUUCCAACAUGGUUAUGUAGCUUCCCUUUUUGAAGAAAAAAAUGUGGGUCCACAAAGAACGAACUCUUUCUUUACAGUGGAACAAUUUGUCUGCAGCUUUACAGUUCAGGUUGUGUUCUCAAACUGUGUAAGAGCCAAGUAAAUUUGUAAUUUGUAUAACCAGUCAUCACCUCCUUGUAUAGAUGAGAAUGGCAUUUCCAUGCUGCAAUUUUCCUUUUAUGUGUAAAGUUUACUUAUGCGUUUUCUCGUCUAUUACUUAAGAAAGGCUAUAAAUUUGGUAAUUGUUUCAGGCCUUAAUAGAUCUCUUUGGUCAUGUAAAAGCAACAACUAUUUAUACCCCUGUGCAGGGCCUCUUUGAAAUAUGUUACAUGUAAAUUUUUUGGUGAUGUCUUCAAAAAUGUGAAAUGUAUCCAUAUUAUUUAUAAAUGCCUUUAUUCUGUUGUACAUUGUAAUAAUACCUUCAAGAAAA